UCCACUCAUCCUCUCACCCCCUAUUCAAAUCCUUUCAUUCAAUUUUUCUGUGUUUCAACAACUCAGCUUCUGUCUCUAGAAGUUGUUUGAAUUUGAAGUCUGAGCUUGCUGAUCAUGGCAACAGCAGAUGAAGUCUCAGCACUCCAGCUCAUCAGGCAACACCUCCUAGGGGAGUUGUCUCCAAAGAACAUCGUCGUCACUGACCUUACAGUCGGUGAAGAAUGGAGCAAUGGGUUAAAUUCUGAGGUUUCGACCUCUCAAUCUGAUUCCUUCUGUUUUCAGGCUGCUAGUUGUGACUCUCCUGUCACAAUCUCCGAGUUGUUCGGCAGCACGGAUCUCAGCGCUGAUUUCUUCGGCUUCGUCCCCAGCUCCACCUCUGAGCAGUCUCAAAGUAAUUUCUUCGAGUUCGAAUCCAAGCCUCAAAUCAUCGAUCUAACAUCGCCGAAAGGGCUGAACUCGAGUCAUUUUUUUGAAUUUGAAACAAAACCUCAAAUAAAAGAUACGACGAAAACAAAAUCGCUAGAUUCGAGCUCUCAAUCGACUGGUAAAGAUCGAAAACCGUCGUUGAAGAUCUCGGUCCCACGGCCGACCAAGGAAAUUGAAUGGUUGGAGUUCGCUGAGCCGAAACAGGCGGCCACAGUAGAACCGGUGCAGAAUAUUUCCCAUCCUGAGGAGAAGAAGCACUACAGAGGAGUCCGACAGAGGCCGUGGGGAAAAUUCGCCGCGGAGAUCCGAGAUCCUAAGCGUCGCGGGUCUAGGGUUUGGCUUGGCACCUACGAAACCGCCAUCGAAGCGGCCAAAGCGUACGACAGAGCAGCGUUUCAGAUGCGUGGAAGCAAAGCGAUCCUCAACUUUCCUCUUGAAGCCGGAAAAUCUGCCGAGACCAGCGCCGAUUACAGCCGCAAAAGGUGCAGAGAAGCCGAAACGAAGGAAACGGAAGUGGAAGCGAACCCGCCGGCGAAGAAGGAGAAGUUGCCGGAAGCUGACACCAUCACACGUGUGCAAAAUGAUACUCCGUUAACGCCGUCAUUUUGGGACUUCGACCUGGAUUCCGUAGGCUGUUUAUUUAACGUCCCUCCCAUUUCGCCGCUAUCUCCCCAUCCGAAGUUCGGUUUUCCUCAGCUUAUGGUCAUAUAAUUACAAUAUUUUCCAGUGCAUUUAGUGACUUUGAAGUGUAUGUACUAGCAUUCCUUCGGCAUUAAAUUAAGAAAAAUUGAUGAAAAAUAUCGUUGCUUCAUCAUUUUGUGCGAAA